GAAGAUGAUACAAACCAUACGGCGUGUCCUCUAGCGUACCCAAUGCCGUGACGUCACGACCACGUUCGGUCACACGGGCCGAAUAUUGCCGAAACCGAACCCGGGGACUAGGGACGGUGUGUCCGGCUCAACGAUGCUGGAAGAAGGAGGAGCUGUUGACCUAGCCUCGCCGCUUGCGGAUUGAUUGAACUGAAGAAAAAUUAAGUUUCAUUGUUAUAUUUUAAAACAAGUGCCACUGACACUUCUCCGAAUCAGAUCGUGGGAUUUUUUACCCUGGAGAAGUGAGCCGUCAUUUCCUCGGUGAACCGAUGAAAAAGUGAAAGUAAAGUUUCGAGACGGGAGUCAUGGAGGACUACGAAAUGCAAGAGAGGCCCUCUCUCCUUGAGGAGGACCUCACAUGUCCUGUGUGCAAGGACAUAUUCAAGGAGCCCGGGCUCCUGCCCUGUAGUCAUAGCUUCUGUCGUGACUGUCUGGAGCGCUAUUGGCAGCAGAAGGGAAUCCGCGAGUGCCCGGUGUGUCGGAAACGGUGUGAAGGGGAACCCAUACCUAACCUGGCCCUGAGGAACACUUGCGAAUCCUACCGGAAGGAGAAGGGCUGCUGGGCGCCGUCCGGAUUCGAGCCGCUUUGCGGUCUGCACCGUCGGGAGCUGGUGUUGUAUUGUGUAAAGGAUGAGGAACCGGUGUGCGUCGAGUGCGUCACACUGCACCCGGGGCACGAUCUGAGACCAGUGGACCGGGGAGUGCCGGCCUGCAAGGAAGAGCUUAACAUUAAAAUAAAGGUCUUGGAGGAGAAGUUGGACCUGUAUAAGAAAAUAAAAAGAAAAUACAGUGAAACACUGGAACACAUAAAGAUUCAAACUCAGCAAACGCAAGUGCAGAUAAGCGGUGAGUUUGAGAAGCUCCGCCUGUUCCUGGCAGAAGAAGAAGCACGAAGGAUUGCUGAGCUGAAGUCAGAGGAGGGAGAAAAGAAGCAGAAAAUGAAGAGCAGGAUUUCAGAGCUGAACAAAGACAUCUCAAAGCUGUCAGAGCUGCUCCAGUCCAUAAAGAGGGAGAUGGGGGCAGAGGACUUGACCUUCUUGCAAAAUUUCCAAUCCUUAAAAAGAAGGGCCCAGUGGAUCGACGAGGAUCCCCCGAAUGUCGCAGGAGGGCUCAUUGAUGUGGCUGGUCACCUGGGAUCCUUGGGUUACAGGGUCUGGGAGAAGAUGCAGUCAUGUGUUCAGAAGAUUCCCGUCAUACUGGACCCCAACACAGCCUCACCCUGGCUCUGGAUAUCACCGGAUCUGUCCAAUGUGAAGGACAACCAUGGAAGGCAGCAGUUGCCUGACAACCUGGAGCGCUUUGACCCCUGCGUAUUCGUUAUGGGCUCCCAGGGUUUCACCUCGGGCCGCCACCGUUGGGAUGUCCGCGUGGGUGACAACCCCAAAUGGAUUCUGGGAGUGUGCAAGGAGUCAGUAGUACGCAAGCGCCGUUUCACCGUGACCCCCAAUGCCGGUGUCUGGACCAUCGGGCUCAGCAAGGGCACCUACAAUGUGCUGACCACCCCACGCACGGUGCUGAACCUGGAGACUAAGCCUGACACAGUGAGGGUGAAGCUGAACAUGGACAAGGGAGAGGUGUCUUUUUUCAACCCCAGUGACGGGAGUCACAUCUGCACCUUCACCGAGAAGUUCACUGAGAGGGUCUUUCCCCUUUUUGGGCCAGGACUACACAGCACUCCCAUGACUGUGUGCCCAGCAAAAGUCAUCAUUAGAGCAGUGUAGGUGCUGCACAGCGGGGAUACACGCAUGCAUGAUUACAUAAAGACUGUAGCCAUGUGGCCUAGGGAAUCGAAUGGCUUUUCUGCAGAAUUCCUUUGCAUAUCCUAGUGCAGGAUAUACUUAUAAAUUUUAAGCAUAUAAAUUUUAAGAUUUAAAUUGACAUGUAAAACUGUCUGGUAUAAGUCUUAUAGAUACUGCUAAAACAUAUUUGAGAAAAAUGUUGCUUAUUCUGUAUAAGGAGUGGAUUUCUUUGGGAAUCUGUUUUUGCUGGAGGAUUGUUUCUUUUAAGCAGCCUUGGUGGCCACUGGGGGGAGCUGUGCACUGGCACCUCAGGAGAAUUACAUCAGCCUUCUUUUUUGGAGGAUGUCUAACAGCGCAUUAUGUAAUAACUAGACAAAGUGUGAAUAAAGAUAUCAUUUUGGUUGUUUAAGACAAUGCACCAUAUUAUUGCAUUUUCAUCAUAAAGUGCAACUCCUGCAUUUUGUAAUAUCCACCAUACUUAACAUUUACAUUAUUUGCUAAUUUUCUUUGGUUCUGACAAGAUCCAAUCUGGAUUUCAUUUAUGCCAUUUGGUUGAAUCUGCUCUUUUAAUGAUCUUCCAUUGGCCGCUGAUUUGGGUGAUUCUGUGUUGAUGCCUUUAGACUAUUCAUUUCGUGCUGCCUCUGGGUAUGAUUAUCGAAAGCUUCAACACUUGUUACUAUUUUUAUGUUGGUGAUAUUCAUUUCUAUUGCUCUUUUAAACAUAAUGAAUAAAUUAUGAAUAAAUGGUA